AUGGUAGGCAUCGAUGCAAGAAACAAACAUAUUCUUGAUACGAAGUAUAUUUGUCUUGUUUGUUCAUUAAUACUGCGAGAUCCUGUACAAUUGACUGAAUGUGGUCAUCGAUAUUGUCAAACAUGUUUAAAUACUCAGCAAGAAAUGACAAUUAAGUGUCAACAAUGUCCAACAGACACAUUACGACGCAAGAUUAUCUGUACCAAAAUGAAAAAUCAUUAUUUGACUGAACAACAUCAACAUGUCGUACUCAAUGUUCUUCGUCAAAGAUUAUCGCAAUUAAAUGAUAGAAAUGAAUCACUUCAAGUACCAAUUUCACUUUCAACAUUGGCAGAAAAAUUAUUAAAAGUUAAAUUAUCUGUUGAAGAAUCAAGUCUUUUUUUGGAAGGAAUGCAAGAUAAUCAAGACCUUCUUAGCCAAGCCUUAUCAUCAUUGCAAGAAAAAAUCAAUGAUUUACAAUAUGUUUCAUAUGAUGGAACAUUGGUUUGGAAAAUUACAAACUUUCAUGAGAAAAUGCUUGAUGCGCAGUCUGAAAGACAAACAUCAAUUUAUUCGCCUCCAUUUUAUUCAUCUCCAAAUGGGUAUAAAAUGAGAGCUCGUCUUUACUUAAAUGGUGACGAAAAUGCUCGUCGUACACAUAUGUCACUCUUUUUUGUGCUAAUGCGAGGUUUGAACGAUCCGAUUCUCAAAUUUCCAUUCAAUUAUACAGUCAUAUUUUGUUUAUACGAUCAAACAUCCGCACAACAACAUAUUAUUGGUUCCUUUCGACCAGAUAUUAAAUCAAGUAGUUUUCAACGACCUCGAUUAGAUAGAAAUAUAGCCAGUGGUAUACCGAAAUUUUGUGCAUUGGAAACUCUUCAACAGGAGGGUAAUCCUUAUGUACGAGAUGACACAAUAUUUAUCAAAAUUAUGGUUGAUUUUGGAGAAAUACCUAAAACAUUAUUGCCUUACGCUUUGUGUCUUAAUUCUGGUAUACCAAUGCAUAUUCAACAAGCAAUGAUCCAGCAAGAAGCUGAACGAAGAGCACAAUCACGAUCUUAUGACCAACUAUAA